AUGAAUGGAACUGUCUCCAUAGAAAUCGCCGAAGAUCUUGGCUUAGAUUCGACUGGUUUGCGCAAAGAUCUUGUAGAUAGGAUUAGCAAACAUUUGGAGACCAAAAAUGAAGAAAUUUCUACAGAUAUUGAUCCAAUAGGUACUUCGUCAAGUCGUCCAGAUUCUAAAUUGAGUAGUAGCAGUAAACCAACUACUGAAAUACAAAGUAUUUCAUCUCCAAACGGUGAAAGAGAACCAGAAGAGUCAGAAGCUUCUGAUAGUGAUAGUAAACAGCAGGAAAUUACUAUCAAUGCUAGGUCUCAAGAUACAUCAAGCUCCGAUGAAUCUAACAUUGAAUCUGGUACACCGCGUGGUUUGCCAAUAGCAAGGAUUCCGGAGGUUCAGACUAUAAACGACCUUCUACUUCAGUUGAGAAAUAAUGUUUCAAAUUCGCGGACGUUUGUGCAAUGCGUCAUACUGUGUGAACUUGUGGUUUUCUUAUAUUGCGCGAUCGAGUGGAAUUUUAAAAUUGCCACUGUUCCCAUUCCAUCUAUCUUCAAAGACUCAAGAGAUGUUUAUGAUAUACGUGUGCCGGAUUUCUUCUUUUUUGUCGAAUGGCAUCGUUUUUGGCGUCCAUUGCUUUCAUUUUUGUUUUAUCUAUUUGUUUUGCCACUUUGCUUUUCAUAUAUAUUCAAUCUUGAACCUCAACGACACGCAUAUAGUCCACUUGCAUUUUCAGUUGCACAAUAUGGAAUAUUUUUUACUACUGCUGGUCAUUUCGAUUGGGCUGAGGACGUGCGUGAUUUUAUUCCUGACAAUCUUAUUUACACUGGUGCUGGAUCUGCUGUGAUUUUUUCACUUUAUGAGA